UUGAACUCAGCCAAACACAAUCUUUGCCGGAAUAUUAAAAAAAACGGUCGAGUCAUUUUGGUAAAAUAAUAAUUAUUUUGAUAAAAAGUUUAUAACUUAGACAAAGAAAAUGUCAGCUAGGUACGAUAGAGCAAUAACAGUAUUUUCACCAGACGGGCAUUUGUUGCAAGUCGAAUAUGCCCAGGAAGCUGUACGAAAAGGAUCCACUGCCGUCGGAGUGCGGGGUAAUGAUGUAGUUGUACUGGGAGUUGAAAAAAAGUCAGUUGCUAAGUUACAAGAAGAACGUACUGUUAGGAAAAUUUGUCUUCUUGAUGAUCAUGUUGUCAUGGCUUUUGCUGGACUUACUGCUGAUGCCAGAGUGCUGAUAAAUCGUGCGCAAAUUGAAUGUCAAAGUCACAAGUUAACUGUUGAAGAUGCUGUUACAAUAGAAUAUAUAACUCGUCAUAUUGCUGGUCUUAAACAAAAGUACACUCAGAGUAAUGGACGUCGACCAUUUGGUAUAUCAUGUUUACUAGCUGGUUUUGAUUACGACGGAAGUCCGCAUCUGUUUCAAACAGAACCUUCUGGAAUUUAUCAUGAGUGGAAGGCCAAUGCAACUGGACGCGCUGCUAAGACUGUAAAAGAAUUUCUAGAAAAAUAUUAUACACCAGAGGAAGUAGCCACUGAACGGGGCUCAAUAAAACUCGCCAUUAGAGCACUGCUUGAAGUCGUAACGUCAGGGCAGAAAAAUUUGGAGAUCGCUAUCAUGCGUCGCAACGAGCCAAUGCAGAUGCUCGACUCGAACACGAUAGGCGAGUAUGUUACUGAAAUAGAAAAGGAAAAGGAAGUUGAAGCCGAGAAGAAGAAACAAAAAAAGUGAUCGAGUGACGUUGUUUUAUGAUUAUUUUAUAUAUUUCUCAUUCAUAAAUAAUAAUAAUGUAAUAUUCGGCAUUGCUGGGUAAAUUUAA